GCUGCCAAUGGAAUCGAGGCUGGAAUCGUGAAAAAAAUCCAAAAACCGAUCUCCAACUUUGCCUGCAUGGAAAACAUCAAUGCCUUCGUUGACGCAGCCAAGAAGCUCGGAGUACCCACCGAAGAGACGUUUCAAAGUGUAGAUCUAUUUGAAGCCCGUGAUCUGUUCUCUGUCUGUGUUACCCUUCUUUCCCUUGGCCGCAUUCUCGGAGUACCCACCGAAGAGACGUUUCAAAGCGUAGAUCUAUUUGAAGCCCGUGAUCUGUUCUCUGUCUGUGUUACCCUUCUUUCCCUUGGCCGCAUCCUGCAAAAACAAGGCAAGACAAACCCAUUCAAGUAA